UAUUCUUUGCACGUGCGCAGAGGGGUGCUGGGACGGGUGGUCUCAAGAGUUGCGGGGUUUCGACUGAGCUGACAAAGUGGGGGAGGCCUUACUACAGCUGCUACUAUUACUAUUAUUAUUGCUGGUGCAACUGUAUUUAAUUAAAAAUAUACUAAAGAAAUACAAAAUAUAUAUACGCUAUGAGAAGGAACGUGUUCAAGAGCGGAGACGGGCCGGGUUUAUCUAAUCAGCGGAACAGCAGUUCAGAGGGGCUGGAUAAAAUUGACAUGUCUCUGGAUGAUAUCAUCAGGCUGAACAAGAAGGAGCAGAGGAACCUCCAGCCAGCCCGGUUCUCUCAGGGGAAGCCCAGGAUGAAUUGGAAACUCCAACAGGGCUGGCGAGCGCCUCCGAUUCCGAGAACGGCGUGGCGUGGGACCCAGCAGCAGCAGAGAGGCCUAGGGAUCAACAGGCUGGGAGUCCGAGGGAAGAAGCUGCUGCCUGCCGUGGGGAAGAGGCAUGCCCAGGGCAUCGUCACAUGGCUGGCUGCCAGAAAACCUGGAGCACUGCGGAAAGGAAUUAGCCCGCUAAACAGACCGGCUUUCACUCAGAUGAGACCCCAUCCUGGGUUGCAGAGAAGGAUGCCUCCUUACAGACAGACUGAUGCACAGAGGAGGCAGCGGCCAGCUGUGACAGGGCCUGUCGAGCUCAGGAGGAAUGUUUUGCCAGCCAGUAUUCCCAGGCCAGCAGCCCCACUACUAGCACCACAUCACCACCCAGCUCACCAGACCCAGAAAGAGUUGCGUCAGGCCACCUUCCUGUCCAGGAGAGGGAUCAAGGUUCAGACUCAUUUGCAGACAGUGCAAAGCCAGCCACCAGUGACCCAAAGAACACGGCAAUGGCGUAAAUCCACCACAGAUGGAGGCAUUCUGACUGUGUCCAUAGACAACCCUACUGCCAGAACGGUGCCACCAGACCCCCCCAGGCCGCGGGUCCUGCGCCCCCCGAUGCCUCCUGUUCCCCUGAAGCUGGAAGAUCUGGAGGAGAAGAAAGUCCCCAAAGGAGUGCCUCUGGAGUUUGACAUCAGCAGCGUGGGAAAGCAGACAGCCCUGACCCUGAAUGAACGGUUUAAAAUCCUGAAGGAUCAGAGGACGGCUGUCGCUCAGAGUAAAGGGAACCGCUUUGUUACAGUGGGGUAAAGAGAUGCGCCAGCCAGCCAUCCACACGCCACUGAAGUCCACGUCGAACAGCGUGCAGGGAGCAGUUUCCACUUCCUAAUUCAGGGACCUGAUACAGCAGAUUUGUUAUUCGUAACCCUUACUUACUCUUUUUUAACAUUGUACAAAGUAUGCCAGCUGGGAUUUCAUUUAGAAGUUAAUAAUGGUGCAAAAAAAAAAAAAAAAAAAAAAAAGAUUUGAGAGAGGUGGUGACUCGCAGUACCAGCAGAUCAGUCUUCUGUGUUUCAUCUUGGUGGGGGAAAAAAAGCCAACAAAAAUGCCCCCAUUUUAAAGUGGGGAGUUAAUGUUGGAGAAAUUUCUAUUUAUAUAUACGUAUAU